AUGUCAUUUGAUUACUUUUUAUCGAUAGUUGGUUUGUUGUCUGUUUCUCACUCUACUAUAUUUGGUAUAAAGUAUAAAUGCCACUUAAACAAAAAUAUUGUCUGUCUGUCUGUCUGUCUGUCUGUCUAUCUGUCUAUUGUUGGUGCUUCUGCUAUCAGAUAA